AUGAACGGCGACGCAAGCCUGGUCGGCUGUCUGGUCGACAGGCUCGCUACUAGACUCCCCCAUCGAGCUGGCACCAGCGGCCAGAGCCUGCAACAAGACGACAUCGUUCACGUUACGAGAGCCACCUUGGUCGAGCUCGGAAACACAUCCAUAUCCAUCGUCAUCGAAGCUCUCCUAGCCCUCCUCGAAGACCUUGCGCGCCCAUACAGUGGUGUCGCUGAGCACCCUAGCCAUGUCCUGGCCUCCGAGCUCUACAUUGUCGCCGUGAUCGCGGAUUGCUGCUCCGCGCAUUGGGCCUCACUGGUCCAAGAUACCGAUUCCAACGCGAGCCCGACUCCGCCCCCUCUGGACAAGGUCAUCGUGAGCCGCCUGCUGGACGCGUUCAAGCAUCUACUCGAACCCAUCCCCGAGAACUAUGUCCUCCCCGCCCAGACCCUUUUGGACCGAGUUUCGAUACAAAAUGUCGCGAUUCCUCGGCCCGAAAGCUCUUCUAUCCUGUCAGAUGUCGAAAGUAUUGCUCCCCCAAGUGACGAGAAGUUCGGGGCCCAUCUGGCCGAGAUGGAUACCCACGUCAAGACAGUAACCGAAUACGUCACGGCCUCCAGCUGGACUGCUGCCUUUGAAUACUUCAGAAGUGUUAUUUACACCAUUCGAACUACUGCCGUUUCUCAGCCGGGCACCACUACCGCAGGAUCCUUCCAGGAUGCCGAGAGGGCAGCUCUUGUAGUUCUGCGACUGCUCUCUUUCUUCUGGGUUGAUGGCAGUAAGCUUGGUCUAAUCAUACAGGAACUCUGUUCUAGUUUCCUCCAUUUCCGAAAGCCGUACCAAAAUACCAUCGCAGUAGUCACUCCUCUCCUGGUUAUGAGAUGGCUGGACCGAUUCCCGCGCGAGUUCGUUCAGCUGCACCAGCUUCAUAAGCGUCUCGAUGGCGGCGCCGACACUCUUUUCGACAUGGCGCAAGCCGCGACUGAGAAUGGUAGACGCAAAGGCUUCUUUUACCCGUUGCAGACAUCGCUGCUGUUCCUCUUGCCGGACGUCUUUGAAGUUGCGAGCAAUCUGCGGGAAGCAAAGAGCAGCAGCAUGGUGAAGAAGGUGUCAUUCCUCGACGGACUACGGAAAGCUUUGAGAAAUCGCAAUGAGCAGGCGGGUUACUGUCUCGUGUCCUUGCUCCGCGCUGCUCGGCACUUUGACGUUGAGACCGACUCGGCCCUCGUGAGCUAUGCUCUGGAUGUUCAGGAUGAAGUUCGAGACGCUGUAUUUCGCCGCCUCACGUCGCCUGUUGACUCUGCGCUCUUUGAACAAGACAUGAUGACUGCGGCCUUUGUGAGCCUGACUCACCUUAAUCUUGAUACUAGUGUUAGUGGUUUUGUCGAAUCCUGUAUCGCACCCAAUGCGCCCAACAGCUUCAAGCUGGCAGCGGUCCAAGGCUGCUCGUAUUUUGCGCAACAACCGUACGCUCUGAGGUACCACGAGUUAUUUGACACGGCAGUUCCCUUUAUGAGAACACAGCUUGAGGCUGAAAACGCCAAGGCGACCGGCAUAUCGAGCCAGAGGAGCGGCGAAGGGAUUGAGAUGGUGUGCAGCAUCCUCCAGUUCCUGGAUGCGUCUCCCGCUCGCCUACUGGAUGACCUGUCCGCAGACGGAUCCGACAGCGGCUUCUUCAAAUCAUUCCUACUUUGUGUCCUGUCCGAGGAGCCAUCUGUACGGAGGCUUGCGACCGGUGUCGCAGAUCGACUCUUCAAGGGCCACCUCGAGGCGUAUCGCAAGUUCGACACCGGUCGCCACUUUGGAACAAAAGAGCUCCGAGGCGAACUUUGGAGUCGGAGCUCCAAGGUUUUGCUCAAUUUGUGCGAGUCAAUCACAUUCCAGAAGGAUGAGCAGGGCCUGCUCGAGCUUCAAGAAUAUCUGGAAGCACGCCUUCUCCUGCUCAAGCACGUUCCGGAAUUGGCUGAGGUUCCCGCAGACGCGUCGGAUGUUGUCAGCGCCUCGUCAAAGCUCGAGACCACCCUCCUCAUUUCCCUCUGCUCUGCCAGUAUUACGACUUGCCAGCUCGUCACCUCCUGCAUUGGGUUGUUCCUUCAAGAGUGCACAAUCGUCGAUAAGCAUGCAGCAUCGGCCAAAUCGUCUGCCUCCGUCCUCCGAAAUGGCGAGGUCUUUAGCGAGAUCUCGUCACGCGCAUUCCGGUUCACUGGACUUGUUGCGUUUCAAAAGAGAGUUCGGGGCUUGUUACGUCGCAUGGUGUUUCCGACAACUGGAAUUCUGAAUGCCUGGGAGACCGCCUUUGACCGUUGGAUUCACCUCGCGAAGGAUGUAUCGACGUCAGCUAUUGAGGCCGUGGACGAAAAGGCUUUGGCCGAAUGGCGCAACUACUCAGGUUUCCUGGCAUCUCUCGGUGGUAUCUGCACAGCCGACCAAGCCAUCAUCCUGGAAGAACCUGCUCUUGGCGGUCUAAGGUGGAUUGAUCGUGUGUCCUCGGAGCACUACGAAGAGCCUCUUCUCACACGAUAUCUGAGGUUGAGUAUCCAACUCCUGGCUUGUGCCAAUGUGAGAGUGCGCGAGGCAAUGCGUGACGUGCUCGCAAGCGAGGUAUCUCCCGCCCUCUACCAUCCCCUGUUCAGAGCCUUGGAGUCCGAGCUGGAGGUCCUAUUCACUGGCGCCCUCGCUCCUGUUGACAAAGCUCAAGACAGUGAGGUAGUGUUUGCUGAGCAAGCUGCAUCUCUGUUGCGGGCUUUGGUGGAGCGACUUGAGAGUCCCUCGGACUUGGGAGCCGCUUCCUCAGUUCACCUGGGCGCCCUCACGCUGAACUUUGCAAAGUUCCUGGAUGGCGUUUCUGAUACGCCAAACACCCUGAGGGUCAAGAUCCGUGUCUGUCACUUGUGCGAGGUCGUCACAAAGCGAAAGGAACACCUGAAUCUGCGAGAUGACGUUCGGAUACGAAACCAGCUACUCGAAUACAUCUUUGGUUGGAUAGCGCGCCCUCGCUCACCACAGCAUGGGCCUGGCUCUAGACAAGAUGACAUGGCCCGGGUUCAAAAGGACCUAGACAAGGCAUGCCUCAAGUCGCUGGCCGACUUGACGUUCCGACUGCCAUUGCAGCCAUCUGACAGCCAUACUGAUGCCGGGAUGAGUGAGAUGAAGUCCCAGAUGUUCCACACAUAUUUCAAUCGCUUCCUUUCCUUGUUGAAUCACGAGCCAUCCGAACUCACCAGAUCUGACACUGGCAUGAGCGUCGCGGUUCGCGAAGAGGCCGCAUCCAACUCCGAGUUGGCUAUCACAAUUCUCUCGAAUCUGCUUAGUGCCAACAUCGAUGUCGGAUUGAAGCAUUCCCUGAACAUUGGCUAUCACGACAAUGUUGAGAUCCGCACAGCAUUCGUGAAAGUUCUCUACAACAUUCUCAUCCAGGGCACUGAAUUUAGCAACCUGACGGACUCUGCAGUGAGCGAAAAGUAUGAAGAGCUUCUCGAGUUGUUGACAAGUGACAUGUCACUUGCUAUCUCUAUGGCCGUCGCUUGUCCGAGCACUGAUGUUGACGAGCUCUCAAUCUGCCUGCUGACCGUGUUCGAGCAACGGGGGCUUAUCUUUGAGUUGCUUGAGGCCCUCAUCAAGCAAGAAAUCGAGGACACUGAAAAUGAGGCCGAAAUCCUGCGACGAGGUUGCGUAGCAACUAAAAUGCUUUCUGUCUACGCCAAAUGGAAGGGAGCUUCCUACAUUCGAGCCACCCUCCAAAAGGUUUUGGAGCGUCUCAUGCUCACCUCAAAGGACCUUGAUCUAGAACUAGACCCGGCAAGAGUGAGCACGACAGACGAACUGCAGAAGAACGCCUUGCAGCUGCGAAUUGUAGCCAAAGUCUUCAUCGAUGACAUCUGUGCUUCAUCGUCAAACAUCCCACCAGCAUUCCGAAAGAUUUGCCAUAUUAUAUCCAACGCUGUUGUUCCGAGGUUCCCCGACGCCAAGUAUACCGCCGUUGGUGCUUUCAUCUUCCUCCGUUUCUUUUGCCCUGCCAUCGUUGCCCCGGAGGCCGAGGGCCUUGUAUCCACUGCACCUUCAAAGGAGAUGCGACGUGGACUGCUCCUUAUUGCCAAGGUUAUUCAAAACCUCGCCAACAAUGUUCUCUUUGGAGCCAAAGAGCCAUAUAUGUUUCCCCUUAACGACUUCUUGACUCAAAACAUCUACCACGUCACGACCUUUCUCCGGGAAAUCUCGGUGCCUCCUCACCAAUUGGAGGUCCAAGGCAGCACAGAGUCCUUUGAUUUCGGAUCCUGUGUGGCACUUCAUCGGUUUCUCUACGACCACUGGGAUCAUGUUCGGCAGACACUUCUUGCGCGGGAACGGAAGGAGUUCGUGAGGGCAUCAGGAGACGUUGCUCGGGGCCGCUCCCCAGUCUUGGAGCCGCUGAGAAAUCUCAUUGCAAAUCUUGGGCCACCGCCUCUGGCUGUUUCGUGGAACAGACCCCAAGUUUCCUCGAACAGCCCGCCGCUGUACUCACGGUUUCAGAACUUCAUGCUUCGAAACGCCUUUCGAAGUACUGAGUCCUUCCUCACGGCCAGGGCUGUGUAUGACGGAGGCGAGAGCAAAGACGGUUUGUCCAUUAUCUGCAUCAUCCUUCGUCACAUCGAAACCGAGAGUAUCGACUAUGACACCCUGCUUUACUGUUACCUCAAGAUCGCCAGUAGGUUAUGGCAUCGCCCGUUCGGCCUUCUCAUUGACGCAACGUGCUACAAUGGCCGAAACGAACCCCAAGAUGACUUGUUCAAGAAACUGGAGCUUCUCACGCCUACAGAGCUUUCGCAGAACUUGACCCGAAUUUACGUCUACAACAUGAAUAGUGCAUUCAAACGGUGCUUCCGGCGGCUGCUGAGAGUGUGCACCAAAAACGAGAAUGGUGUUUUCAAUCCGAAGAACGUCGAAUAUCACUUGAUUGGCAGUCUUCAAGACCUGCAAGCACACUUCCAUCUCAGCCAGCUCCACCUACCGAAAGAGACGAUCAGCGUUGUUACGGAUACGCGCUACGUGUUCCAACCCAUCACUCGCCUGUCCAAGUCAAAGGGCAAGAUCGAAGUUAUCAUCAAAGUCGGAAGUCAAUUUGUGCAAGUCACAACGACCAAGAAGCAAGAGAUCUUUGCUGGGUUCCGCUUAGGCACCACUGUCAAUGAUAUUUUCCGCCUUGGCGAGGUUGACGAGGCCCCGACAUCAAUCCAGACUGAAGACGAUUCUGCGUUCGGACUGCGAGCAGACAACGGAAAGAUCGUGAUGUACUUCACGAGCCCUAAAAAGGCAGAUGUUCUGCAGACUAUCCGGGGCGCCAAGGCAAAGUAUGGAAAAGACAACAGGACACACAAGUCGGUUGAACGCCUCAUCCGACCACAGGAUGUACCAGGAACACUCCUGAAUCUCUCGCUUGCCAAUUUGUCAAGCCACGAUCACAUCUUGAGGUUGUCAUCAUACAACUUGCUUGGUGCGCUCUGCAGGGCCUUCAAGUUCAGCUCUUCUUCCAGGAUAGUUUGCACCAAAGAUGUCUCUGUUCCCCUUGACCCGACUCGCUUUGUUGUAGAUAUCAGCAAGGAAUUAGCACUAACUGAACCCCAACUGACGUCGGAUUUCUUGACUGAAUUUUUCGUGGGCUGGGAGAGUUUCCCUGAUGAGCAAAAACCCUUGAGCCUUGCCUACAUGGCCCCUUGGCUGCCCGGCCUACGGACAAACAUACUGGCCAACGAGUUAGAUGGGGAUAAGGGAAGGGAAAAGGUCGCCAUUCUGUUCCGCAAACUGAUCGACGUCACUGUCCAAGAUCAUGCUCUCAUCUACGCGCUCGAGCAGUCUGUGUGGCCAAGGAUUACUCAAGAUGAGAUCUUACUCGAGAUAUUCCUCGAUGAACUCUUGAAGACCGCUAUGAGCUAUGGCUCGCAUGACGACCCCUUGGAAGUUAUCUCUUCUAUUGUGGUUGGUAUCGGCACGGUCACAUUGCGUGGCAAGAUCCUUUCAAGGCUUCGCAAAGCGCUGAAUCGAUCAUCGCUGCGACCGACGAAGUAUCUCCCGGACAACGCAGUCUGGGCCGAGAUCUGCAUCCUGCUGCGGUUUUGCUUGGCCCUGUCAUUCGACAAUGGUGUGCAGUCCCAGCUCUUCCUGCCAGAAAUUUUCCACAUUGUGACGAUGCUCGCCAACACUGGUACCCAAGACAUUCGACUCCUUGUUUAUCGAUUGUUGGUGAACUCGGUUCAUGCGGUGUGCACAUCGUUCAACUUGGAAGACCCCAAGGCCAGCAAGCUUCGGGCAUGCCUGGAUUUCCUCUGCGACCCUCGCAGUGACAUCUUCACAGCCCCUCCGGCUUGGCCCCGCGAUGGUGCGUCGGUUUCCACAUCCCAGGAAGCCGGCCCGGCACUUUCAGCAACCGAGAACCUUGCGUCAGCCCUGUUUGAAAUCUGCUCUGUCGCUGCACCCACUGUGGACUUGGCAAAUACUUGGCGGUCAAGGUGGAUGAGUCUUGUGGCAAGUACGGCAUUCCAGAACAAUCCUGCCAUCCAGCCUCGGGCCUUUGCUGUGAUGGGUUGCUUGGCUCGAGAAGAGGUGGACGAUGAUCUACUUUACCAAGUUCUUGUGGCUCUACGCAACAGCAUCAGCCGGUUUGGCGAGGACCACAACAGCGAAAUGCUGGUCUCCAUUGUGACCUCCUUGUCGAAAAUGAUGGCGAAGCUUCCAUCUGCUUCACGCUACGGCCUGCAACUCUUUUGGUUGGCCAUGUCGCUCGUGCGGCUUGUGCCUGCAACCCUGUUCAACUGUACUGCCCAGUUCCUUGAGGCGGUCCUCGCGAACAUUAGCACUGGAGAAGAUUUUCGUGGCAGCAACAUGGCACCCCUCCUACUGCAAGGACGAAAUCCGCUUGAUGAGGCGGCCUUGCCACUUGAAGAGGUGUAUGGCAUUCACUUCGACCUGGAGAACUUCCACUUUGCUGUUUGUGCUUGCCUGGCGAGGGGCCUCACUGAUACGAUGACGCGUCAAACAACGAUGCGCGUUCUUUCAUCCUUCUUGGAGAUGACAUCCGCAGGUGAUGAUGACGAGGAAGAUACUGCAGAACUUGCGCAGGAAUCUCCAUACCUCAACCUCUUGUUGGCGCGUGCCGUGGGACACGAGGAACUGAAGGAUAGCAUGUGGGCUGCCGGUAUCAACGCUGAUGAGAUUGGUCGAACAGUGGGCUCGCGCGGCCUGCAUGACAUUGGCACCAUGCCUGAUGACAAGCUGUUACUCAUCACAGCCAUCGAGCUUGUCGACUUUCAGUACCUAGAAGACACUGUUCAGUCAAGAAGUCUCAGCUGGCUCAAUGAGCUGGCCACUGCCCGGCCUGGUGUGAUUGUGAACCUGUGCGGAGCUAUAAGGUCCUUGCUAGACGACACUUUGCUGCAUAGCCAGAACUCAACAACCCUUGGAAAUGCGCACACUUUGCUACGAACCCUCUCGUCCAACCCAAAGUUCUCACGGGCCUCUCGCACAAUGUCAGUUCUGACCGAGACAUUGGACAAAAUGGGCUUUGGCGGCUUGUGGCGAUCUUGUUCGCUUGGGUCAAUGGAAGAGAUCAAUCGUGAUUAUCUUGACUUAACCGAAAAGCUUAUAGAGUUGAUCAUUAUCUAG